AUGAUACACACGAAUACAUUACUGAUAUUCUUCUUACGCCCCCAAAGCUAUUGCAACGUGUUCCCCAACCUUUUGUCGCACUCAACCGCAGAGCUAGUGGUGGAGGUCGUCCGAACAGGCCUUCGGAGAACAGCCCCAACGCACCUCAAGCAAACCCCAACGACCCACAAUAACCCUUCUGGUGCAGGCGAUCAGACUGGAGAGUCAGGGGGGUUUGGCGAGACACCAGACACCCAAGGUGGCUUUUCCGACUCACAGGAAACUGAGGGAGGAUUUGGUGAUAACCCAGAUGGAAAUGCCCAACCAGCGAACCCAAACCCGAACGCACCAGCGGGUAACGACCCUGCCUCACAAAACACUGAUCAGCAUCCACCCUCAGCAAGAAAUAAUCACAAUAAGCCAGCAGCGUCAGCGGACAAUCCGUUUGAUCCUGCCGCAGCACCCGUCCCGCGUAUCGAGGUCGCGACCCGACAUGAUGAAUUCAAGCAAACGAUUACCGCUAACGGGCUCACCGGAAAGCCAUGGUUCUUCUACUCAGGUCUCAAGCGAGACGAUAUAUUCAGAUUCAAGGGAUCAUUGGAACAUAAACUGGGCAUUGGUUACAAGCAAAUGCCUUAUAUGGGUAACGUACUACCCACUGACAGUGGCGGGAAAUAUGAGAUGGAUAAGAGAAAGUACACAGCUAGUGGAGAGAAAGCUAAUGAGGAGUAUUACUGGGCCGUAAAUUCGAAGGCCUAUGCUGAAGCGGUUGAAGGGAGAGUUUACGUCAUGCUUCCCAGUAGCCGCAGUGUGAAUCAGCCAUAUCCCGAUCAGGGUUCGAAUUGGUGGACCUACGAAGUACCAGAACUCACCCGUAACUCUCGAGUGGAGAGUAUAACAGUCGUACCUAUGAAAGAACAGCCCGAUACUUUCGUAACGGACACAUUUCAAGGUCAAUAUGUUACUGGCCCAGAACAAGUUAUUUGGAGGAGCGGCGACGAGCCCAUCGGUUUUCCAGCAAGUGAGCUAUAUCACCUCCAGAGACCCGAUGAGCCGUGGACGACUCUCCCAGAUGUAGAGCUUCCUGAGUCUUAG